AUGGCUACCCUCACACCAGAAGUUACUUGGGCUCAACGCUCCUCUGACUCGGAUGAAACUCGCAACUACCUCUACGUCUCAAUCAACGUCGCCGAUGUGCCGACUUCUUCGGCCGACCUGAAGCUCACAGCGACAAAUGUGUCGUUCACCGGUACGAAUCUGAAGGGUACCAAGUACCAUGUCUCACUGGACCUUUACGCCGAGAUCGACCCGGAGAACAGCAAAGUGAACCACAGCUCUCGCGGAGUGGAGUUGGUCCUCCGCAAGAAGACUUUGGGCAUAGAGUUUUGGCCUCGUCUUUUGAAGGAGUCUAAGAAGGUUCACUUUGUCAAGACUGAUUUUGACAAGUGGGUCGAUGAGGAUGAGCAAGAUGAAGCUCAGGAUGACGACUACGCCGCCAACUUUGGCGGUUUCGGUGAGGACGGUGGUCUUGGAGGCAUUGAUUUCUCCAAGCUUGGCGGCGGCCUGCCGGGCGGCGAAGGAUUAGAAGGAGAAGAGGACGAUGAGGAUCUACCUGAGCUCGAAGAGGAGGAAUCGGGUGACAAAAAGAUCGAGGAGCUCUCAUAA